GAGACAGCGUGAACUGCUGGAUUUUUAAUGAAAAAGGCCAUCGAUUUUCUGGAUUAAGCUACGGCUUUCAAGACUUUGAUGUUGAUCACGUUUUACCAAAGAAUUGAAAAAUGGAUAAUGACUUACUCUGCAAUUUUAGGAAGUGUAGAAAGAGGCUGAAUACACACGCUUGGGUUACAUCUUGCUCUCAUAUAUUUUGCGACGAAGAUGGAACAAGAGAAUUUAACAAGAGCCUCAUUUGUCCAGCAUGUGAAACUAAUCUUUCUGCAAAAUUUGAUGUCAUACGUGUUGAUCUACAGGCUUCUGAGCAAUUCAAAUCAAUGGUAUUGGCUGGUCAAAAACCUGAGGUUAUUAUGGAAAUCUGUUCAAGAGCACUAGCAUUCUGGACUUAUCAAACACACCAAGAGAAAAUGUACCAGGAUUAUGUCGCCAACAAAGCAAGAGAGAAGGCCAGUCAGCUGGAGCAGUACUACAGUCAAGUUCUCUCUAAAGUGCAAGCAGAAGUGAGCUCCUUGAAAACCCAAACAUCAAAUGAUAAGAAGGAGCUAGAGGAUAUUAAAAAGCGUAAUAAUGAACUGUCUGAGAAAAUCAUGGAGAAGAAUAGACAGUAUCUAAAGCUACAGGGAAUGUACGACUCACUUCGAAGAAAAACGAUAACACCAGCGGUUUUAGAAGGACGCGAAGAAAGAUUUCUUGAAUCUCGUGGGUUGGGAGGAGAAGUGAGUCACGUAUUUGAGAUUCCACUCGGGACAGGCGGAGAGUUGUUAAGACGCACAGCCAGUUCUGCUGAUGUGAGAUACCCUGCAGAAAGAGAAUUUCAAGUCUUCGAUCCACCAGUUCCGGUGUCAGCUCGUGUGUCAACUCCAAGCCACGGGCAACUGAAUGAUUCCGAUGCAGCUUCUCGCAAGUUCACCCUUGAUUUUACUGGGACCCCUGGAAUUAGCAAACGACUGGGACAGAAAGGAACUCAUAAGGACUAGCUGGAUUUUCACAUUUUUGGUGUUGGAGUUAAGAGUAUUAUUUUAUAUGACGGGGGCAUUGGGGUCUAUUGUAAACCGCAAACCCGCAAAAAAAUUCGAUCAAAACCGAAAACCGCAUGCAAAACCGUCCACACCGAUAAAUUUGCACAUCUCAGUUGUCAAAAUCCCAAUCGAUCUGAUACUGUGGUUACAAGUGGAGCACCAUAGGUUUCGCGGUUAUUCGAGAUCAGUAGAGACGUAUAACUGCUGCUCAGAUCGAAGAGAAGCCGGAACCCCAAUAAAAAAAAAAACCGAAAAAGUAUAUCGGAUACCAAAUCCGAGUGCCCGUCAAAAUUUUUGACGAAAACCGAAAACCAAAUGCUAAAAACGGAAAUCCGCGAAACGCAAUGAACC